UCUCGGUUAGUGAAAGGGGGAUGGUUGGACAAGCCUGGCAACUCAGUGUAAGGUUUCGGCUGCAUCACGCAGGUCUGAUCGUACGUUGCUCUCGCGUGUUUCAUCUACGCUCGUAUCAGGGCCUUAGGACCAAUCAUGGCUGAUGAGGGAUAUGUUGUGCGAAUCAGGGGUCUCCCGUGGUCCUGUUCAGUGGAUGAAGUACAGAGGUUUUUCUCUGAUUGCAAAAUCAUCAACAAUGGAGGCGGCAUCCACUUCACCUACACAAGAGAGGGGCGUCCCAGCGGAGAGGCCUUUGUUGAACUGGAGACAGAAGAAGACCUGAAGAUUGCUGUGAAGAAGGACAGAGAAACUAUGGGUCACAGAUACGUCGAGGUGUUUAAGUCCAAUAAUGUCGAGAUGGACUGGGUCAUGAAGCACACUGGUCCCAACUGUCCAGAGACGGCAGGAGACGGGCUUGUACGGCUCCGAGGCCUCCCCUUCGGCUGCAGCAAGGAGGAGAUCGUACAGUUUUUCUCAGGGUUGGAAAUCGUGCCAAAUGGGAUAACAUUGCCGGUGGACAUCCAGGGGAGGAGUACGGGGGAGGCCUUCGUGCAGUUUGCUUCACAGGAUAUAGCUGAAAAGGCUCUAAAGAAACACAAGGAAAGAAUAGGGCACAGGUACAUUGAAAUCUUCAAGAGUAGCCGCGCUGAGGUGCGGACCCAUUACGAGCCCCAGCGGAAGCCUAUGGGCAUGCAGAGACCCGGCCCCUAUGACCGGCCCUCUGGCGGUCGAGGCUACAACAUGAUGGGCCGAGGAGGAUCCUAUGAGAGAAUGCGCAGAGGAGGUUAUGGAGGAGGUGUAUCGGAUGGACGGUAUGGAGAUGGGGGCUCUUCCUUCCAGAGCACAACAGGCCACUGCGUCCAUAUGAGGGGUCUACCAUACAGAGCUACAGAGACAGACAUCUAUAAUUUCUUCUCACCACUGAAUCCAGUGCGGGUCCACAUUGAGAUCGGCCCAGACGGCAGAGUAACCGGGGAGGCGGACGUAGAGUUCGCAACACACGAAGAUGCGGUGGCAGCCAUGUCCAAAGACAAAGCCAAUAUGCAGCACCGCUACGUGGAGCUCUUCCUGAACUCAACAGCAGGUGGCAGCAAUGGAGCCUACGGCAGCCAGAUGAUGGGUGGCAUGGGGAGCCAGUCGUCUUACAGCGGCGGCCAGCUGAGCUCAGGGUACUCGGGUGGAUACAGCAGCCAAGGAAAUAUGGGAGGCUACAGUGACUAUAGUAACCAGGGCGGGAUGGGAAGCAGUUACUACGGCGGCGGUGGAGGAGGCGGCAGCAGAGGCUCGAUGAACGGACUGGGAGGGGGAUGGGGAAUGUAGAUUAUUUUUCUUUCUCUUUUUUUUCUCCCUUAAUUUGAUGUUUUUUAACUAAGCAUUUUUCUGAAAGGACUGGAAAUGUAAGUCUCACCUAGUAAACAUAGAAUAGGGUCAGGUGAGGUUGUUUUGAAAAUUACCGAGGGGUAGGGUUUGUAUUUUUUUUAAAUCUUCACAGAGAUGCGAGAACAUCUGUCGUCACAACGAGCGUGUGUCAGAAGUGCUGUUUUGUCUUCCCCAUUCCUCUCAGAUCGUCAGAAAACGUGCUUUAAAUUUUCACCACCCGGAUGCAUUCUGUUUGUGUGUUAACGUUCUUCAGACACCUGGUUAUUUUUAUUUUUUUUUUCCUCAAGGUUAACUCAUGCUGUUCUGGUGGCUUUUACAUUUCAGCGUCUGAGUGCAUGAACAAAAAAAAAAAAAAAGUUGUCCGAUUUCCUCGUUUCACCUCCUCUGUUUGUGUACAGCGUUUUUUUUAAAGAAUUCUUUUUGUUAAAAUAUUAAUCUGGUCGGAGCAUGUUUUUGUUUUCUAAAAGUGCGAAUGUUGAAGUUGUUUUUUUUUUUUUUUUUUUCUGAAUGAGGGCUGUAUCAAGAGCAAGUGAAUUUCAAAUCCGCUACCAUGAAGGUUUCUACUGCUUCGAAUGCUAUUUGUAUUUCCUGUGCACAAAGUGAAUAAAACUAGUCUGGAAUAUCUAAUUGAAACAA